AUGGCCAGGUCCUUAUCAAACUGCUGUGCCCGCAUGGCGUGGAUCGAGGAGGAGUGGGUUCUCAAUAUAUUCAGACACAUUUGCCCUUUUUCCCUUCCUCACGCAGUUGUUCAGGGGGAAAAGGUCUCUGCUACUAAUUACUCUGGUUUUAAGAUAGUGCCUCCUCAUCUUCGUUUUUUUUUUUUUUGCAGCGUUGAAGGUCUUCAUGCUAUUGUAGUCUCAGACAGAGAUGGUGUGCCUGUUAUCAAAGUUGCCAAUGAUAACGCUCCAGAACAUGCGCUGCGGCCUGGCUUUCUCUCCACCUUUGCCCUUGCCACGGAUCAGGGCAGUAAACUAGGGCUGUCUAAAAACAAAAGCAUCAUCUGCUAUUACAAUACGUACCAGGUGGUGCAGUUCAAUCGCUUGCCUUUGGUAGUAAGUUUCAUCGCUAGCAGCAAUGCCAAUACCGGGCUGAUUGUAAGUUUAGAGAAGGAGCUCACGCCCCUGUUUGAAGAACUGAGGCAGGUUGUGGAAGUUUCUUAACCUGAUGGUACAGCCGGAGUGCAGCAUCCCUCUGCAGCCCAGUGGACAGAAAGAUUCAAUAAUCCUCAGUCAAAUAACACGUCUCAGAAGAAAUACCACAGCUCCUUAGUAUACUAAGUAAGAGUAAAUUGUACAUAGUACUGAAUCUGAAAUGAUCUACUAGUGUGUUGUAGGUGGAUGUUACUUUAGGCCAUGCUUCUUGUAUUGCGCAGUACUGGAGAGACCACCAAAAUAGCUCCCAUGGAGUUUAGCUCAGCCAGCUGAGCCAGAGCGGUGUGGAUGCUGUUGGCUCAAAUGAGCAACCCACAGAUCUCUUGCUUUACAGGGAAUCGGGCACGCAGAGGGGUUUAUCCUCCGGCCAGCUACCAGGACGUGUUGGAAAGCAGAUGGGUUGUAUAGUGUUAGCAAAGGUGUGGUUGAAAGAGUAUUGUGAGAGCAAGUUUACUAGCAGCGAUGUGUCAGUACAAUCAAUAAACAUCCCAGCUUUCUUACGUGGGUGAUACUUUAGCAAGGGAACGCUACUAAUCUGGAUGCUAGCUGCGUCCUGCUUCCACUAAGAAGAAAGCUAUUUCUAUGAAAGCUGUUGCUUUAGGGGUUUUCCUGAUGCCCAGAUAAAAGCACCCGAACAACGUCUCACUUCUUCGUGGGGUUUUUGUGUAAUAUGGUUGUGAAGAUCUCAUGUCUCAUAGUCUCUGUGUGGGUUCAUCACUGGUGACACUCUCAGCUCAUAUACCCUUAGGUUUUCCUAAGUAAAUAAAUAUAAAUAAAAUACAGUAUUUUUAAAUGACAGAGCCUGGUCCGCUCUUCUGUUGCACCAUCAUACGCUACAGCACAUCAGCUUUUCUGUGGAGAGAACAGGUAUCUUAAUUGUAAAUGUACAAAAUCCAGGUGUUUACAGGCUG